AUGUCAGCCACUGCACUCCUGCAGAAAGCAGCUCAAAUUGGAUCAACUACCACUAACAAUGUCAACACUUCCUCCUCCUUCAACUCUAUCGACCACUUUGGAUUGAUGGGCUCGGCUGUUCUGAACUGGUCCAGCAACACCAACGUUGACCUUCACAAAAUUUUCAAGCAACCGAAUAUCAAAAGUACCAACCUUGGAGGUGGGACGUUUCUGUUAAAUGACUCGAGCUCAAGACCGUUCACUAGCACCGCCAAGGGUUUGCGUUCAAGCUCGAACCAGGAGGAGCUAGGUCUGACCAGAGACUUUCUGGGAGUUGGAGGGGACUCCAUGAGCGGACCCUUUCUGGAGCAAGAGUUAGCCAAGUUCAAUGCACAAGGCUCGGCCUCGGCCUUAGACCUCAGCCAGUACGGUGCGCAUCAGUGAUCCAUUAUAAGUUAUGACCUUCGACUAGUGAAGCAGCUUAGGGAAGCUAGUUAUGCCCUAUGGUAGCCAGGCACGCGUUUGAGGCUGGAAGCAAGCGAGUCGACCGACUCGGCCACGGACGCGGAGAUAAACAAGAGAGAAUGUAACUAUUAUAUUUUUAGUAUACCUCCAACUAUUUUAUCCCGAAUUUUAUCUCUUCAAGUACGCAGGUCUCAGCUUAUUGAUUU